UUAACUUAUCAAUAAUUAUUUUAGUAAUUACAUGGAGGACCAGUAGUGCCAUCUCUAUCGUGAUAGAGUGGUAUGUGAACCACGCCAAAUUCAACUAUCUUUAUUUUAAGGCAUGAGGUGUUUCUCUUAUACCCACUUCUUAUUCAAUUUUAUUCAAUUAGAAAAACCACAAAAAAAGAACAUACAUUACAAUUAUGAUUGACAAUUUCAAAGUGACUAAUAAGUAGUUUAACAAAUCUUUGCUUCCUUAAUAAUCUCAGACAAGCUAGUAGAUCCGAGAAUUCUUUUAUGCUAGCGAUAUUUAAGAUGCUGUAAUAUUGGUAUCAUAAGAAAAAUUCUAGAUACUAUUAUAUUGGCAAGUAAAUAGGUCAACAUCCUGCUUUAUGCAUGCAUGUAAAACCUAUAUAUAUAGCCAAAUGAAAAAUUAUUAGAAUAUCAAAAUUCGUUUGCUCUUUAACACUUUUUUCUUUUUAAGUUUCUUGCAUCUUCACAACAAUGGCUCAGCAGUACAACCUGUCCUGCAUCUUGCUGCUUGUAUUUAUUUGUUUUAUGCAUGACUACAUGGUAACUACUGCAGCUCAAACCUGGACGAAGCCCGAGAUUCCUAGCUUCUCAAAGCCGACGACACCUAGUUUCUCAAAGCCUGAUAUUCCUAGUUUCUCAAAGCCCACAACACCUAGUUUUUCAAAGCCCGCAACACCUAGUUUCUCAAAGCCAGAGUUUCCUAGUUUCUCAAAGCCCGCAAACCCUAGUUUCUCAAAGCCCGCGACCCCUAGUUUCUCAAAGCCAACAACCCCUAGUUUCUCAAAGCCCGAGAGUCCUAGUUUUUCAAAGCCCAGGACACCUAGUUUCUCAAAGCCUGAGCUCCCAAGUUUCUCAAAGCCAUCAACCCCAAGCUUCUCAAAGCCAUCGACCCCAAGUUUCUCAAAACCCGCAACUCCUAGUUUCUCAAAGCCAUCAACCCCAAGUUUCUCAAAGUCAUCAACCCCAAGUUUCUCAAAACCCACGACCCCUAGUUUCUCAAAGCCAGAGUUUCCUAGUUUCUCAAAGCCCACGAUCCCUAGUUUCUCAAAGCCCGCGACGCCAAGUUUCUCAAAACCCGAGAUCCCUAGUUUCUCAAAGCCCAUGACGCCAAGUUUCUCAAAACCUGCAACACCAAGUUUCUCUAAACCAGAGAUUCCUAGCUUUUCAAAGCCUGCAACACCAAGUUUCUCGAAACCCGAGAUCCCUAGUUUCUCAAAGCCUGCGACCCCUAGUGUGCUAAAGACAGAAGUCCCAAAACUGUCUAAACCAACAAUGUCAACUUCACCGUGAGUACUGUUCAUGAGCCAUGACUAGUGUUGGCUAACGAAUGGAUUAUAUCGCAUAUGGGUGAAUUGAAAAUGAAUUAGAUGAAUUAUAUGCGAAUGGACAAACUCGUUAGUUUUGAUGCGAAUAAAAUAUGGGACGUUGAAUGAUGGAUAAUAUGAAUAUCCACAUAUUACCUACUCAUAUAUUGUACAAGAUUGAAGUUAAUUUGUUAUCAAAUUUGUCUUUCUUUCUUUCA